AUGGAAUCAGUAGCGGUAGCGAUAUUCCUUGAGGAGGAGAGCAAUGCAUCCGAUAAUGCCGUGGCCAGAAUUGAAAGGAGAAGAUUGCGAGAUAUGUGCAAUUCUUUUGAGAUGAGUGCCGAAUUGUUCAAAAAAAACUUUAGACUCAACAAGGACGCUUUCAAGUACGUCCUAGGCAGUUUUGCGGAAGGAACUCGAGCAAGUACUUUGACGUCUUUAUCUCCGCUCAAUCGAAUAGUUGCUGCUUUGAGAUUUUUUGCGGAAGGCAGUUACCAACAUGAAGUUGGUACUGAUUACAACGUAGCAAUGGGUCAGUCAACAGUGUCAAAGUCACUAUCGAAUGUUCUCGAUGUCAUGGAAAGAAAGCUUUGCCGUGAGUGUAUAAAAUUUGAGCAGACCGACGAGGAAAAAAAACAAGCAAAACAGGAGUUUUAUGCGAAGGCAGGCUUCCCAGGAGUCAUAAUGUAUGCGAUAACAGAUUACGCAUAA